UUUUAUUUCUUUGUGUUUGUGAUUAAUAAUUAAAUUCUAUCGUUCAUCAAUUCUCUUUUUCGCAUUCAAUUUUCACUAGAAUCGAAGCUUCGAUAUGUUAUCUAAUAUACGUUAUCAAUUGGGUUGUAUCAGUAUAUAAAGUGAGGAACCGCUAAUAGCUCCAAUAGUUAUCUGUGCGCGUGAUUCAACGACAUAUCAAGAUAAUUGUCAUUCUUUAAAAUUCUCCAUCAUGGAUACUUUAAUACUGUUAUCCAUAUUAGCUGGCACCAUUGCCGUUUAUUACUACUUUUUUAAAGAUUUAAAUUUCUUCAAAAAACAUGGUAUUCUUCACAUAUCACCAUGGCCAAUCGUGGGCAACAUGGGACCAAUUUUUCUUCGCCAACUAUCAAUUGCCGACAUCAUUCAAAAAGUCUACAAUCUGAAUCAAGACGCCAAGUAUGUCGGUUUUUUCGACAGUAUGAGUCCAGUAGUGGUGAUUCGCGAUCCAGAUCUUAUCAAAUCUGUCGGCGUUAAGAACUUCGAAUCGUUUCCUGAUCACCGCGUUUUUAUCGAUGAGUAUGCUGAGCCUCUACUUGGCAAGAAUUUAUUUUCGAUUCGUGGUGAUAAAUGGCGAGAUGCGAGAACUCUGCUAAGUCCCGCUUUUACAUCCAGUAAAAUGAAAACUAUGUUUAAGCUAAUGUCUGAUUGUGCUGCCAACUUUACUGAGUUCCUUUCCAAGUUGCCUUCUGACAAACAUGUUAUAGAAAUGAAAGAUUGCUUCACUAGAUAUACAAAUGAUGUAAUUGCAACAUGUGCCUUCGGGAUUAGUGUUGAUUCUAUGAGAAAUCCUACAAACGAAUUUUAUGUUUAUGGAAAAGAUGCUACGACUUUUACCACUCUGCGCACCAUAAAGAUAUAUUUCAUGAGAAGUAUGCCUAUUAUCACCAAAAUAUUAGGUAUUACUUUUGUUAGCAAUCGUAUAAGAUACUUUUUCAAGGAUCUCAUGAGGAACACUAUAGACACCAGAGACAAGCAGAAUAUCGUACGGCCAGAUAUGCUGCAAUUGAUGAUGGAAAGUAGAGGAAAAAGGGGACCCGGAAAAGAACUGACGAUCGAAGAUAUGACUUCGCAAGCAUUCAUCUUCUUUUUUGGAGGUUUCGAUACCGUUUCUACCUUAAUGUGCUUUGCUGCUCACGAAAUUGCCGUUAAUCCAAGCGUUCAGACAAAAUUGCGCGACGAGGUAGACGAGGUUUUAAAGAAAACGAACGGAGAAUUAACUUAUGAAGCUUUGAACGGAAUGCAAUAUCUGGAUGCUGUCAUUAAUGAAGCUCUUAGAUUAUGGCCUGUGGUGGUUUUUCAGGAUAGAUUAUGUGUGCGAGAUUUCGAAUUACCGCCAGCGCUUCCUGGAGAUAAACCCUUUGUCGUGAAAAAAGGAUCCGUCGUUUGGUUUCCUGUUUAUGGUCUUCAUCGGGACUCCAAAUAUUUCGAAAAACCGAAUGAGUUCUAUCCCGAACGUUUUCUGGACGAGAAUAAGAAAAAGUUAAAUAUUGACGCAUAUUUACCAUUCGGAAUCGGCCCGAGAAUGUGCAUAGGUAAUAGAUUUGCAUUAUUGGAGACCAAAGUCGUGAUGUUCUAUUUAUUGGCUCGUUGCGAAUUGAAACUGUGCGGAAAGACUUCCCAUCCUUUACAAUUGAACAGAGGAAGCUUCGCCAUGCAGGCAAAAGAGGGAUUUUGGCUACAAAUUAAACCGAGAAGCGAUGCUCAUGCUAAUGUAUUCAGAAACGUUAAUGAUGCUACGACUAAUAGCCAUGCUUAAUCCGUGAAUGUCGAUAAAAUAUGCAUUUGUAAAUAAAAAUCCGAUUUGUAUUUACUUACAAUUGGCUAAGAGAAAUAAAGUUUGAGACAUUGAUAUAUGUAACAUAAAUAUGCUUGUCAAAUAAUUUUAUUUUAAAUAAUGCUCUUCUUUGUGAUCAUCAAGAUAGCUGUAGUAGGAUAAUACUUACUUAUAAUUUGAUCUUUUAUUUGAUUUUUAUUA